CUCUUCCAAGUAAAUAAACAGAUUAGACAGCUGCGCUGCUUGUGCACAGUCAUGACAGUGCAGUGUGAGUCGAGUAUGUAAAGUUUUGUUCUGACUUUAAUUUAACAGAGGAUUAUACAGCUUUCUAUGGAUUUCAGAUGUAAUUUAACUCGGAGUCGCUGACAAAUGAAGUACAGGGCAUCAAAAGUAUGGAAUCACAGAAGCUGAUCGCAUCCCAUUCCAAUGGUUACCAAAGUGAAGACGCGACAAGGCAGAGGGAGGAACAGCCAGGCUAUGGCAGUCUACGAUGCUACGGGGAAAGCGACAUGGACCGAAGCUCUGACGUCAUUUAUCUCACCAUCGGGGAAAAAAGUACCCCACGAUCUGAUGAGGAGGAGAGUCGCGGUUUGACAGAGUCCGUCAUUUCGGACCCCAUGAAGCGAGCUGAGCUAUCCGCUAAGCGAGUCGGCUUGUCCAAACCCCAUCAGUGGCUGCAAAUCUUGAUUGGUUGGCAGCCAGUGGUCCAGUUGAAGCCUUACCAAGACGGCAGUACCUUCCAACUGACACUGUUGUGGAAGCUAGUCAACGUCUUGUACCCAGCCCUUAUCGUGGCUGUACUGCUGACGGCAUUCUUCCUGCAAUACGCUUCUUGCUAUAUGAUCAAUACUGAAUUUCUUCAAAAGAAAAACUUUAGUGCCUUCAUGCACCUGUUCUGCAAUUCAUCAGAGAAGCACCAGCAGGUGCCGUCGCCUGCCCUUCCUCUUAGAUGUCAAAAGUCGGUGGCGGGCGUCUACAUCCUACCUGGGGUACUCAAUCUCAUCUUCUACCUCUACUCGCUCAUUCUGAACCGAUAUGUGGAGGGCGAGCAGCUUCCUUCAAUGAUAGAGAAGGUGUCCCUCCAGUGCUCAUCGAGGUAUUUCGCCGGAUACCGGUCACAUAGUCAGUUGGUGCAGUCGCUGGCGAGGUUCUACUAUCUUGGCAUACUGUGGAUGGUCGUAGCUUGUGGGUUACCAGUUUUAUUCACGUCAUCCGAGUACAUGAUGCUGGACGGCAUCAACUUCACCUUCCUUUGGACAUGCCAUAGAGCCAAUAUUGCAUUGACGGUUCUGAUGACGGCAGGCUUCGUCAUACUCUAUCUGUCCUACACAGCCAUGUUGACCAACUAUGCCACCCAGACCCAGCUCAUGAUCUACCUGCUGAUGGGCCUGUCGGAGCGGAUUGAGGACGCUAGCAUCCGCAUACCGGACAAAGCGAUAUCGAUGGUGAACGAGGCAGCCAAACUGCUUAAGGUUGUCAAUGGUCACACCGCUUCAUGCAUGUCACUUCUCAUUGUCAUCUUGGGCUUGGAUGCUGUCUUGUUUGUUGUUUCCGUAUCCAGUGGUACACUGACCAGGUUGGACCCUCUCCUCUCUGGUUCGUACAUAGCAGGUGCCAUCAUUGCUGUCGUCUUCAUUGCCAUCAGUCUCAUGCAGGCAAGUAGGGUUACGUCGGCUUGCAAUCGGCUCAAACGCCUGGGUCAUGAGGUUCGCGCCAGACCGUUUGGUUACCAUGAUGCGUCCCAGAAUGCUUUGGACUCCUUUAUGCUCUACCUAACGACACUGAACAUCAAGGCCAGACUGUGUCGCAUACCCAUCUCCAAGUCUCUGCUCUGGCCGAUCAGCUUUCUCUUGUUGCUCGCUGUUGUGCUGCUCCUUCAGUUGGAAGUCACCACCGCGUCUUAGAUGCUCCAGCAGGGACUCUUGGCUUGGACUAUUGUCACAAGUACAUCAGAACAUCUUGUGCCAAGGAAAAGGACGUCAGCAGCCAAGGCACGCAGAGACACUUUUUGGAGAUAAUCGAGUUUAGAGGUUUUGUGUUCCCAUUUCUAAAUUAACAAGCUCGAUCGGAUCUCGGAUGCUGCGGGCCAACAAAUUUGCGUUCACCUUAUUUUGACCUUUGACCCCAUAGCUGUAGGUCAGAUGAAGAGGUCACCAUGGGCGUUUUUAAAUUUUUGACCAAGGCCAACAUGUUGACAGCGCGACUUUUGUUAUUUGAGCUUGCUUGAAUUUGGACGUUAUUUUGACCUUGACCCAAUGAUGACCUAUGACCCCAGUUUGGUCAUGUGACAUGUUGGGGCUGGGCUACUGAUACUUGUGACAAAGUUUGGUUGAAAUCGGUCAAAAUAUGUAGGAGCAAUAGACAAUGUCAACAUUUGAUUACUAACUAAAUAACGAACUAAAUAACUAACGUACGGACUAACGGGCGAGACAUGAUGAUUUGUUGAGCUGCUGCCCACAGCUAAAA